UUCGCUGGAGGGGGCCAAAAAAUUUGCAUCAUUCUUUAUUCAAAGUUUAUUUUUAAAAGCAUAAAAAUCCUGUCCACCCACUUCAAAACAGCCCUUAUCGUGGGAAGCAAAGUUAUUCACGGCAGUAUUGAUCGUGUCGGUUUUCUUUCUGUGGAACGCUGAUUUAUUGGCGUGAUCGCGAAUUUCCUGCGGCGACUUAAAUCCUUGGAAAGGACAUCGGAAACCGAAAUCGCAAAGAAAAUCGAUUGCAUUUUGCGUUUGUUGUAACGUGAAAAAAGAAUCGUGCUGUGAUGUAGGAAGAAAAAAGUGUUUGUCAGUUCGGCGUUAAUAUUAGUGAACUGAAGCGGAUAGUGAAGAGGUUUGGAAAAAGGUGGGAGCAAUGGAUACCAAAAAUCCCAUCCUACACAUUCUGGUGGUAGGAUUCCACCACAAAAAAGGAUGUCAGGUGGAGUUUUCCUAUCCACCCUUGAUAGCCGGAUCGGAGGGGAAACAGGAAUGUCCAUCGGGCUGGAAGUAUCUUCCGACCCUGGCCCUUCCGGAUGGAUCUCAUAACUUUAGCAAGGACUUUGUUUGCUUCAAUCUACCCAGCCUUACGGAUCCGCAAGAGUCUAUCUACGGGAUCAGCUGUUAUCGGCAGAUUCCAGUUGAGAAGCUCAAAAUUCGAACGGCCGACAUGACUCGGAGUACGGUGCAGAAAGCGGUCUGUGCACUGCUGUCGAUUCCGAUCUAUGGGUACGUGGAGGUAAAACUUUCGCUGAUUGCUCACGCUUUUUUCGAGCAGGGUGAUUUCUCCUGUACCGAUAUAUUGGUCAAGGCGUACGACCAGCAGAAUGCUUGCCUUUACUCGAUGGAACCGCUGGAGCUGGCUCCGGCUAGGUUACAUUUCGUUGGAUUACCUCUGAGGGAGCUGGUAUUGAAAUGGCGACAUAAAUUACUCAUGCUUUAUAAGCUUUUGAUGCUGCAGAAACGUGUUAUCUGUUUUGGAUCUCCAGUUCAACCGACGUGUGCUUUGAUCUUGGGAGUUGUCUCACUGCAUCCUGAGCUACUGUCCAAAGGUUUCCAGGAAGUGGCUUGCGUUAAAACAUCUCGUCCCAUGUCACCAAUGCCUAAUUUCGGUACGCCUCAGGAAGAGGCGAAAAAAUUCCCCUCCGAACAGAGUUCACCCACCAAGGAGUGCUCAACAGUUGAUCACGAUACGCAGGGCGAAUCGUCUGGGUCAGCUUCGUCAACCGCUCAAGUAACCGUACAACCGCAACAACACUCGCAGGAUACCGAUUCCGGGAGUGCAAGCACCACUCGUGAAAUAACACCCUGUUCGGAUGAUGCUCAACCCACCUCACUGGAAGAUGAGGCCAUAGGUGGUCGAAAUGGUACAACUAGCGCACGGCCUGCUCUGGUUCGUGAAACCAGCGUCGAUACGAUUGCAUCCAACUUCUCCAGCCUGUGCGCCAUCAAGCCGGAGGAAUGGGCGGCCCCGAUGAAGAUUUUCCAUGAGGGAAACCUUUGCCUACCGUACCUAUCGCUGCCAUAUAUGGAUCUACUAACGGACCCAUCGGUGAAGGGCUACAUCAUUGGGGCGUCGAAUGUCCUCUUUCAGCAGAAGCGCCAACUGGCGGACGUGAUGAUCGAUGUGGAAAACGCAGUGAUUGACGUGUACGAUCUGGAUCUCAAACGGCAGGCCCAGUUGAGCACGGAGGAUCUGAGGUUUGCCGAUUUUAUCAUACGUAACGUGCAAAAUCCGAAAGAGGAUGCUGAAGGGAGCGAGGUGUGGAUACGGGAGCAAUUCUAUGGUUAUAUGGUGGCGUUGCUCAAGUCUUCGCUUUGUCCAGAAGGAAGCAAAGAGUUGGAGCACUUCAACGCACAUUUCAUGAGUGCCCUCAAGGGAACUCAAUGCUAUCAAGACUGGCUGGAACGGAGCGGUGGCGAAGCGAAUCAUGCUUUCGAAGCCUUGGUCGUGGGACAUCCGUUUGCGGGAACUCUUUCAGUUGCCGAUAUGAAGCUGCGCAUCGCACAAACCAUGCAAAACAGCGAAAGUGGUCGCAAGCUGAAUCAGGCAGUCAACACUACUAGUCGAGCGGUGGGUGGUGCCAUCAGUACUGCUAAAGGGGCAUUUUCCACCUGGUGGACGUCGAUUACGGCACCGGUUCCGAUGGCGGCUGCAGCGGGCGAUCAAAAUCAAUCCCACAGCACACAAUCCGGCAAUGCUCAAAAUAACAGCAACAACAACAACGACGAGGACGACAUUGGUGGUCAGUGUCCCGAGUCGAGUGAUUGCGACGACGAUCCGGAACAGGACAGCAGUUAUAGCGACAGCGACCGGAGUCAAAGUAACGGAAAUAAAACUUCCCCACCACCGCCACUAUCACCCAGCAGUCAGAUCGUAACGGCCAAAGUGACGGCGGAAAAAACCAACAACAUUAUUGAAAUUGGUAAAGAGGCUGAACUGUUGGAUCGGAAGUCGAAAAUUAUCGACAUCUAGAAUGUGGCAUCCCACCGUUAGUUGUUUGUAAAUGAGUGUCCUUGAAAUCAUUCCAUAUAUAGAACACAGGGAAAGCGACACAAGCACGAGAGGCCAGUUCAAGGAGCAUGUUGUAAGUUGCAUAGUUUUCCGUUCCGUUACAAGUACUUACACAAUACACAUACAAAUAGCCAAUAGUUGCGCUGACUCACUCACAAAUACAAAGCAUGCAAGCGCAUUCAUCUCGCUUCAUUAAAACAAAGAAAGAUAAAGAAUAUAUUGUGAACCAUUUAGGCUUCGUUAAGUGAACCCCAUAACAAUCCGUUUACAACAUUUGCUAAGUUCUCAUAAUGAAAAAUAAAAUAGUAAACAAUCGUGUGAUAAGAUAUUAUAUUCAAAAUCUGAUUAGGUAAUCGCUACAGAAUAGCUGUUUACUGUAUAAUGUCUAACAAUAAACAAUGUUAU